CUGCAGCCUAUCUGAGGGGGAGGAGAAUUAGGCCUGGGCCUCUCACUAUUUCUCUUCUUUCUCAGCAUCCAGUGCAGAUGAGGUGGAAGAAAAGUAGGAAGAGGACAGGCGCUGUCAGAGACUGCCAGACUUCUCGGAGGUUCCAUAAAACCCUAACUUCCCUUCUGAAAAGCUUGGAGAGGCUGCUCCCUGAGCCAGGAAGCUCUCAACAGCCCGUAUACCAACACCGCCCUGCUGAUGCGUGCACAAGAGCACCUGUCACAGCCCCGCAGCCAUAUGGGGAGAACGCAGACCCUGCUGCUCUGUCCCUGGCAGAGGCUGCCCCCUCUGCUCUCACUCAGCACCUUCCACCUCGGGUCUCCUCUCCAUCACCAGGCCCGCCUGAAACCUCCUGUGAUUUUGUGUGCUCGCCCACAUCCCUCACCGCCUCUGCUCUGGACCCCCAGUCCCCACCCUUGAUUCUGUCCACCACCCAUUUUCAGCCCCCACCUCUGGGUCAAGUCCAGACACUGGCCCAUCUCCAGUCCUCUCCCCCAACCCGCCUACCACAUUCUCUACCCAACAGUAGGGACUGUGGAGCAUCUUGCUCUACGUCCCAUAAUAAUCCAGGACCACUCAUCCCAACUGAGACUCAACAUCCUGUAACUGUAAGGCCCUUGUUGAGAACACAGCCUGAGAGUGUGUGGACCUCAUCCUCAGUGCCCCAAAGCUCUCAGGUGGGCUCCCAUCCUUUUAUUCCCAACUGUCAAGACCACCGGGUUCCUGCCAUCCUUCCUGAGGGUUUUUCAAUCAGCCCAGAGCACUGGAAACAACUAGAGGAACACAUUCAAAAGUUACUCAUUCAACGCCGGUGGGACUUGCCCUGAAAGAUCCAAGAGUCUCUCGAACUCACAUGGCCUCAGAGUGACUUAGCUCAUACAGGUCAGGCAAAGGACAAACCUGGCCCCUCAGGCUUCUCCUUUAUGUCUUCUGCUGGCUGUGAUAAGGAUAGGAAGGAGGAGAAGUUCCAGAUAGAGAAGGACUUAGGCAGGAAUGUGGGGCAGAUUCUAGACAAGGUCCCCAAAGACCUCUCCAGGGCCAGGGAAUGUGCCUUGGUAGACUUUCCAGGCACGACUUCUGCACAGUCAAAAAGAAACAUGACAAUUCCAACAGACGGUGAUGCAGGAAGUGACAAGAAUCCCCCAGAAGGCAAGCUAAGAGCACAUUUGGGUGUAAAGUCAAGGCAGAUCCAUGAAGGGUUGAUACCUUUGAGAUUGCGCAGGUCCUGGCUUUCUGUCAAUGGAGAUUUUCCCAUCUACAUGGACAUCAGAAAUCUAGAAUCAUCCACGACUCAGAAAACCUGGGUGAGCACCUUCCAGAAGCUUCAUUCCCUCAACCCAAGCAUUCAGAAGACCCUGGAGGCGCAUGUAACAAGGCUUUGGGUGAGGCACAAGUGGGCCCUCCCCAUCAAGAUGCUUAGAGUCAUAACCAUCUUCAAGGUGAAAAAGGAUCCAUCAUUGUCCCUUCCUCCAUUUGCCUGCCCACCUUUAGCCAUAGGUGUGUCUCAUGGUGAUUCCACUGAGGAUGACACGGUUCUGGAAAAGGCACCUCAGGCAUGUCUGAGAGAGGAGGUGACAGUCAAUCAGUCUGUCCCCACACGGGGCAGAUUUGUGUCCACACCUGUGAGGAAGGAGACUGAGAGGGCCCUGACAGGGAUCCCACAUGGUGAGGCCCAGGGAACCUUAAAGCUCCCUGAAGCUGGAGAGGGCAGCAGGUGGGCUUCCCAGAAACUCACAUCCUGUCUCACCAGCACAACCUGUGAGAGCAGAACCAUCCUGGGUGCCAGCAGAGGUGGCCUAGAAACCCCUGCGGUGCCUGGAACAUGUGUGGUCCAAGACGGAGGACAGCCAGGCCUUCAGGCAGACAUCAGGAGUGAGUUACAGCACAGAGUGGAGGUAAAGUCAGUGAGCCAGUCUCACGUCUGUACCCAAGCCGUCCAGGUUCCAGACUCCUCCACUGAUGUUCUCCAUGGUACAGACAAUUUGGUUUGCAUGGCAUCCCAGGGCCAUCUCCACAGCACGUCUCUUGGGGACAUGCUGGCUUCACAGAUGGUCUAUGAUCUAAUGGCAGACACAGAGAGGAGUCCAGGUCAGCAGAAUUCCAAGAUCCUGGAACAUCAGCAUUCAAAGAAGAGGGAAAGCAAGAUGUCUGCCCUGACUGACAAGGGUGAUACCAGUCGGAGACUCGCCCCAGAAAAGUUCAAAUAUCUUGAGACCUCCAUGCCCACCCAGGACCAUGGAAUGGAAGAUACCCGGAAAUGGAAAUGCUGCCAAGUCCUUCCACAAAAGAAACCAGUUUCUUCAGAAGGCACCUUCCAAGGAAGCGUGAGGACAUUCCUACCUUGGAUUUCUACUUUGAAAAAUAUUAAAGGACAGGACAAACCCCAGAGAAGCAGCAAGCCUGCAUCCUCCCCUGCCCAAAGACCAGCCAAAAGCAGCCCACGAGUGGACUGUAAAAUUGCUGAAGUUCAGCAGCUCAUGCAAGAUGCUAGGCGAAAGCCAGGAGGCAACAAGUUAGUUAAGUGCGAACGUUGUGCCUUGGAAUUAAACAAGCACAAAGAGGAAGAAGAUCAAGCCUCAAUCAAGCCUCAGGGUCUCAGGUUUCCUGCAGCCAUCAUCCUUGUGGACACUCAGAGCACCACAGAAGGCUGGGAUGUGCAGCCACUCACAAAUGCCACAGCUGUCCUUUCAGGAAAAAGCACCCCAGUCACCUAGAGUCUUUGAAAACUGGACAGCUCAUCCGAGAACAACAGGGUCAUAAGCAUCCCCACCUGGGACUGUCUAGCCAGGCUGUGUUCCUUGUCAGCCCCUCAAAGCAUGGGGCAGCAGUGCCCAGGGUCUUGGGCCACAGUCACCACUGCCCCAGACAGUGGCUAUUUUAGUGAAGUG